ACAUUACUCAUUCGUAAACUCUGCCCCAUACGAUGAAAGCUCAUGAUAAGUGACGCCCGCGAGAGAGGCACCCUGAGGACGGCAGGGAUUUCUCCGGCUCCCCGAUUUCCACGAGGGACCGGGCGGCGACGGGCAGGGCGGGGGCCGCGCGGCGCGCUGCUACCUACUGACCGAAAUAAGCGAAUAAAACACUAAGAUCAGACGCGGGGCGCAUCAAUCGCGAAACAGACACUCGCCCGGCAUCACGGCCCGCUCGCUUUGCUUUGCGUUACGGCUCUUACGCUACGGACGGCAACGCGCUCACUUGCUCCCCGACCGCGGCACGGCGCGAAUCACCACCGUCCGACCAGAAUCCAAUCGUGCAAACCCUUUUCGGACAUGUGUCGGUAACCGGACAGCUCGCAAGAUGGCUCGUGUGUUUCUCGUACUCCUUUCGGCGGCCCUGGCGCGCGCCCACGCCGUCCCUGGGGACGCCACCCCCGCACCCGCCCCCCUCGUCACAAUUGUAAAUUCUACGAAUAGUUUAAGUAGCGAUAGUUUAAGUAGUAGUUCUAGUGCUAGUGUAAGUUCCGAGGAUGGCAGUCGGCACGGGAAGUUCCUCAUCUCGUCGUCGGGCCCUGUGUCGAACGGGAUCCAGGACAAGCAGGACUUGGAGCUGGACGACCCUAGUUUAGCCUUCAACGGCAUUUACUCGGACUGCGUGCUCCAGCUGUCUUUCCCGUGCUUCCAGCGCAAGCUCCUAGUUUUCUUCGACCGGCUGGGACGCAUGAAAGCGUUCAACGUGCUGGGUAACUUCCUGUCGAUAGUGCGGCUGAAGCGAGACCUGAGCCCAGCGAUCAUGGAGGAGGAGCUGAAAGCGCGGCUGGCGUCGAACGAGGUGGAGGCGCAGACAGCACUGGGCGCCCUCAUGGAGCACACCCUCGACAAAUUCGUCGACAACCACGUGCUCAGGGUGAACCUCCCCUUCGGCAUGACCGCCGCCAUGGUCGACGAGAACUCCGCCGAGAGACGAUCGAGUUCCGGCAACAGCAUCGACAUCAACCUCGGACGGGCCCUUGGAGAAGGACGAGGGAAGAAGAAAAUGAAAAAGAUGAUGGGCACAAUGAUGAUGAUGAUAAUGGGCAAAAUGGCACUGAUGGGUCCCAUGAUGAUGAUGAUGAUCAAGAUCAAAGCCAUCAAGGCUCUGCUACUCAGUAAACUGGCUCUUGCUAUGAGCUUGCUCCAGCUCUUCAAAUCGAUGGGCAAAGGCAAAGGCGGUGGAGGUGGCGGCAGCGGAGGAGGAAAAGAGGUGAUAAUCGUGCACGACAACCACGGUGAUAGCGGCGGCGGCGGACACGGUGGUGGCGGAGGCGGCUACGGAGGUUCGGGCGGCGGCUGGGCUUCAGGCGGCGGAGGCGGCGGCGGAUGGGCAUCAGGCGGAGGCGGCUCCGGCUGGGCCUCGGGUGGAGGUGGCCACGGAGGCGGCGGCGGUGACAGCUACGCCGGUGGAGUCCACGCUGGAGGCGGAGAUGCCAAUUACGCCGGCAGCGACGCAGGACACGGAGGCGGUGGAGGCGGCUGGCCUGCGGGAGGCGGAGGCGGCGGUGGCUGGGGUAGGCGGAGCGGCUACGACGGGCCGCCACAGUGGAUGCUCACCUACAGGAAUAACUACAACCAGUACAAUGGCCAUGCCCAGAACGGAGCCCAGGAGUCCGAACACUAGUUUUCCUCGGAAAUGCCGAAGACAUUUCAGAAGAGGGGACAUAGCAGGAUUGGAGGCAACCAAUUAAGGGGCUCAGAGGACAAGGCGCAUAAGUACGGUUUUUGAUAUUUCGAGAAAUAAGUAUUUAAGUCUUCAACAUUACUUGGAGCCUAAUGGCAGAAGAAAGUUCAAGGUCAAGUUUUGAUGCUUAAAAAUUGGAUUUUACCAAUAAAUUUGUCUCAAAAUAUACUUCAAGACUAAUUUCGCAUGAAGUCACUAAUAUCUCAAUUUUUCAGAAACUGCACUUGGGCGCCUUGUCCUUCAAGCCCCUCAAUUGGACUGCAUUUUGCAGUUCGGAAUUAAAAUGUCUUACUCGAACGUAGAAACACAUAUGUCUAUAUGAAAACUAAUGGUACAUACGUUGUUUCUACACUGAGCCAGAAUUUGUAGUUCUGAAUUGCAAAAUGUUAGUUCAAUUACGUGUAGGAGUGAUGAAGAUGCUGAUUAUGAAGAUAGCUCUAGACUGAUCAAUCUAGACGGUUUUUUCUAUGAAGAGGAUGAUAUACUUCUUCAGAGUAUACCUAUAAAAUUCCACCAAGGACGAUCGAUUCGGACUCAAUUUUAAGGAGAAGAAAAUAAUUGCUUGAUCCAAUCAACUUGAAUCUUUACUAAGAGAAAAAUAAUGUAGCACUCUCAUUUCCGUUGCCUCUGACUAUCUAAAAUUAGAAGAACCGGUUGUGCUUUAGCUAAAAAAUUUGCUUGUCCUCUCUCCUGAAAUUUCAAUGAGAAAGACUCGGUAAAUACUAAAGAAAAAAAUCACAGGAAAGUCCUGCAAAUAGUCAAAAUUACUGAGCUUGAGGUGAGUUGGAGCUUAAAGUCCAGAGCGGAAUAUAAUUUUCUGUAAAUGUAUUCGAAUUUACUCCAUGACCUGUUUCCAGGCUCAGGAGUUCUUCAAUUUCAGAGUCUCCAACGUCUCACGGAGAAGAAUUUUGACAAUUGUAUUUUUCCUUGACCUCUUUCUUGAGCCAAUACUCAUUUUCUAUUUCGUGAUGACUAGUUUUAAGGAGGAGCUUCUUUCAGAAACGCAUUCUGUCAGCUGUUUAAAUUGAUUAACACAAUUAAAUGAAAUUUUGUCCCCUGUUUUUGUUAAAGCUCAAAUAGAAGAACUUGAGAUGUAGACCUCCUGACCCAAAUUGAAAUCAAAGGGAAUAGAGCAGAUCUACAACCUUGACCGAGAUUGUGUUCCUGAAGUAAGCCCCUCAAACCUCAAUUGCCGUUCCACCAACUUUUGUUUGAUCCCAGUGACUUUGUAUAGAAAAUCCUUUCUCAUAUGUUACAAAUAGAUGUACAGAAGACUUAGGGAGUUUUGAAAAGAAGUCUUCAACACCAAAUAAUAUGGUUGAAAAAAUGAAAGAAGAUUAUAUGAAUUUGAUAUAAAAGCACAACCGCCUAAAUCCUGGAGAAAAGUUUUUUUGAAAUCAUGCCCACCGCUGAAUUUGAUGAACUCAAUUGAUACCGAUUUUCUCGUAUUGUGGGCAUGAGAUUCUUUGAAGAAGAUCAUCAACAUCUUACAAUUUUUAGUGUCAUAAUGCAUUUUUCAGUUAAAAAAAACUGACUAGAACGGCUACUAAUUGAUAUUACCAAGUGCUAUUUGGGAGAAAAUGGGCGCAUUUGAACGUUUCAAAAUGUACUUUCAUAUGUUUUGUCAGCUGCAUAUUUUAAAAAGACACAUAUCAUUCCAGCAUAACAAAUAUAUAACACAAAAAACAAACUGGUGAUGUGAGAUCAAUCUGUGUAACUAUUGAAGUAGCACUACCUACUGAUACAACUUUUUGUUAGCCAAAAUUAUAUAUUUUUGUUCAACUGGAGUUCACUGCGUCUUAUAUGCGUAUUAUUACGUAGCGUAAAGUUCAAAAUGGUUGAAUUUUUGUAAAGGGAAAAAAAAAUUAUGAAGACAAACUCAGUCAGGAAAUUUAAAGAGGUAAAGAUUAAAACUUCCCUCCCCUAGGCUUGUAAACUUUUGUACAAAUCUCAGUUCCUAAUGCCUACUCUACCUUUUGAAUAUUCUUUUAGUGGACUAUAUUUUCAUUCAGAGAAUUAUAUUAAUCCUACUACUGUCCUGUUUGCAAAGUGAGUGUACUGCGAUUCUUUUCAGAAUUUUUGUCAAUGAUUCAUCGUCAAUUCAUCACAGGAUUUUAUCGAAGAAAAUUAAAUGACGAAAAUAUAUUGAAAUCAGAUUGAAUGUGAAAUUUGCAUUGAAUUUAACUUAGACUGAAGUCACUUCAAUUUUCUAAACUAACGCAAGUCUACAUUGAUCAUGUGAAUGAGUCAGCUCUCAUUUGGACUUAACCUCAAUUUCUAAAUUUUUAUUUCAUCUGUAGUUGUUAAAAACUGAGAAUGAUCUGACUGUGGUUUCGCAAAUCAUUAAAGCGAAAUGAAGACUUGAAACUUAAUCAUUUCAUCAUGAAGUGUCUUAGGCAGGUAUCAGUACAUUACUAUGACCGAAGAACCAAACCUACGACUACAUAAUAAUGGUAUACCGGAUAUAGAUAGAGCAAAACCAUCGAUCUACGUAUGACUUCCAGUACAGAGUUACUUGAUUCUUGCUUGGCAGGGCUGGUAGUGAAACGGUUAGAAUUGGGCGCAAUUUGCACGGCUCAUAAUAGCGCGGGAGCUAUGAAGUCCAAGGGGCGGGGUGAAUGGCAGAUUGUUUGACCUUCUUUAUUCAAAUAAAAUCAAGUGGUUACUGACGAGUGUGCAGGCACGAUGCUUAACCGUGUUUGGGUUCACUGUGACAGAUGAACCGCGUGAUAAGCUAACGGUGAAUGCGCCAUAAACGCACAUCGCCCACGCAUAAGCGCUGUUGACAAAAUUCGCAAAAUUAUAAAGUAGGUCAGGAAUAUAAUAAUCCACAGACAAUAAUAGAUUUAUUUAACACUCAUCACAUCAUCCAAAUGCCCAUUGAUUAUUGUAACUCGGGAAACCUGAAUCCGUGAUAGGAAAAAUAGGGCUCCAUUGAUCACAAGUCUCUUCAGUAGAGGUGCAUAAUUUCGCAAAUCAACCGUCAGAUAAUGCUGUUUUCUUUCCUACUUGACAUUUUAAUCCUAAAAUAGUCAUAAACGCUCAUAACAAUAUUAGCAAUUGUUGUACCCAGGCGUUUAAGUCUCCGAGUCAACAAACAGUGAAUCGAUCCCUGGUUUAGCUAUCGAUUGAAAUAGAUAAAGUUUUAUAUCACAGCGAAAACCGUUAAAAAUCCAUUGAUGAGGUUAGAUCGAGGGUCAAUAAUCAACGUGCAAAUCUCUAAAAGGAUCGGUUUCAAAGUUGUUUUCUAAGAAUCGGCAAUGAAUAAGACAUUUUGCUUUGCACCGAAUAAGUAUUCUAAAGUUUAAAACACUGUUAGAUAACAGCUGUAAUUUUUCAUAAUCUUUCGGUGAUAAAUUGCUGAACUUAAGAAGAUACAAAAGAAAAGUAUUAAAAAAAUUUCGUUUUUUCGAAUUUCGUUUAGUCUGAAAUUAUUUAAAAUUAUAAGAUAAAUCCAACAUUAAAAACACAUAAUUUAGCAUGCAUUGAGCAAAAGCUCUCUAAUCUCCAGUAAUUAAAUUUAAAAUUUGCAAGAAAAGUGCUCUUUAAACUACCUUACCGGCAUAAUUUAUGAGGUUAGGCAUACAUUUAUUCAGGUUAAUAACUGCAACGGCUAAAUGACAUCAAAGUCAGCGCAGUAAAAGUAAAUUAAUUUCUCAUCUAUGCCAGGAAAA